UAAAGAAAUGUUUGAGAGUGGCAUCGCCCAUACUGAAGUUUUGGUUACCGGCAUUACCCUGAAGCACGAGAAAGAAGAGUCGCCUUUUGAAGUUCCUACUGAAUCUGUCAGUGAAGGUCAUGUGGUAAAAGACAAGAUCGAAAAUUUGAUAGACAUGGAGGGUCAAUUGGAAAGAUCUGAAAUAACGGAGGCACCCAUUCCAGAGGCCACUACGAUUCCAGAUCUCCUGACGCCAUUUCCAAGUGUAAUUUUCAAAGAAGUCACAACAAGUCCUACAGAAAAGGAACCAUCAGUAGUCUCCGAACUGACCUCUACCAUGAAAACUGCAGAAAUUGAAGCACCAGGAUUAGAAAAAACUACCCCAGUGGAUGAACUUCUGACAAUUGACGUUGAUCAAAUUAGCACUUUGGAAAUGACCUUAGGCACUGUCGAGUUACCCUCUGAGGUAAAAGAAAUAAUAGAAUCUGAUUCUGAGAUCAGGACAACAGAAAAAUCUGUGGUAUCAACAUCGACAACGGUCGACAGGGUGAAAGAAAAGAUUGAAGAACUGAUAGGCUUGGAGGGUCAGCUGGAAAGAUCUGAAAUGACAGAAACCCCUAUUCCAGAGGCCACAACGAUUUCUGAUCUUCUGACAGCAUUCACAAGUAUUCACACCGAAGGAACUCCUACCACGGUGCCAGAAGAAGUUGUUACCCAUAAACCAGAGGAUGAACUUCUGACAAUCUUCCACCCAGAACACAUCGGCUCCUUCGAGAUGACCACCACCAGUGUCGAGUUGCCUCCGGAAAUAGAAGAGAUCAUAAGGUCUGAGUCUGAAAUGGAAACAACCGAAGAGUUGGUGAGUUCUGAAGAAGAACUUCUAACAGAAGAACAUACUGCAGCUAUUCCCACUGUUCAUUAUUACAAAACUGAAUUUCCGAUAACAACAGAACCAACAGAGGAAAUUGAGAAAGUUUUGGAGAUUGAGGAAAACAUUGAAAAACCUGAAGCUGGGGAGAUUGUUCCCGGUGAGCCUGUUGAGGAAAAAGUACUCACCGAGGGUCCGUCCUUGAAGGUUGUGGAAAUUCUUAGAACUCUAAACGAGUUUGAAAUUUCGCCAGAAUCGUACCACACUGAGUCAAUCGUAAAAGAAGUUGAAGAUUUAUCGACAUACUUAGAAGGCAUCAGUCUAGAUUUAGAGCACCACACGGAAGUGACUCAUGAAGCGGAAAAAACAACUGAAACCAAUGUUCCCAUCAUAUUAACUCCGUUGCUUAUGGUAGAAGAUGAAUACGAGACAACACCUUUUUCUUUCCAAUUAACUUCUACUUCAUAUCCGGUUGCUCCAGAAGAAUUAGUAGCUACGAUUGAAGUACCAACUAUUGAACCUGCUGCGUCAAUAAUAAAUGAGGAAGACCUCUCGUUAGUCACACCCCUUAGUUAUGUUACAAUUGAACCAACUGUUCAAUCUUCAGUGACUUUAUUGAAUGAGGAAGAUCUCUCCUUGGUUACACCACUAUCAGUUGAGCAUGUCACAAUCGAGACUCUUCCUCCUCACCAUAAAAUGCAUGAAAAAACUAAAAUCAAGAAUAUCGAAGAAAACUUACCUGUGAAAGAAGAAGAACAAGAAGUAGAAACGAACUUAGCACACCUGCCUAAGAAUAGACACGAAACAAGUACCAUAUGCGAGAUAUGCGAUGAACUCAAAGACUUGGACGAAGAACCUUCAAAGGGACUUCUGAAAGGACCUAUCGAGAAAGAACUUGAGGAAGAAGAAGAAACGGUGUCUACUCUUUCUUACAAGGAGAUCAUUGCUUUCAAUCUUCAUCAUACACCAAUAGAAGAAGAAUCGAAAACUAUCACUCAGUUUGGAGCUACUCUUAGUCAAAAGUUAGAAGAGGAGAAGGAAGAAAGUGAAAUCGUCACAAGUUUUGCAGAAGAAAAAAUUGCGUCCCAUCGUGUAACAGAGCUAGUAUCAAAAUCUUAUGGUGAGCUGGGAACCACGUCUGUUCUUACUCAUUAUCAAAAACUAGAGCAGGAAGAAUUGGAAACUAAUCUUCACCAUUUACCAGAACAUCAUGGCCACGAAACAUCCACCAUUUGUGAAAUAUGUCUUGAAGAGGAAGAAGGGGCCACCAAUGAGCCAAAAUUCUUGAAGAAAAAGCCUACUCAGUCGCCUAGUCAUGCCUCCAAGUCUUCCCAGAGUCCUGGAGAGUCUGAACAGGGAUUUGGAUUCAGUGAAAACGUCCCUGGAGAAGAAACUGCAGUAACUUCUCCUGAAGGAUUAGAAGUUGGCACUGAAAUGCCUCAAAUGCCUACGGAAUCAUCAGAAACCUCUAUCGAGAAACAUCCAUCGGUUACAUAUGAUUUUGGAGGGAAGGAAGUUCAACAACCAUUGCAAACGACAAGUGGUAAUGUCUUUCAAAUCGGUCAGUAUACAGAACCUGAAAGUGAAACCUUUACAAGUUCUUUCGAGGAAAAGAUUGCUUCUAAGCCUCAUCAGGCACCAGAGGAAAUAUCAAGAACUCAUGGGGAACUAAAAACAACACCAGCACUUACUCACCAUCAAAAAUUAGAGCAGGAAGAAUUCGAGAGUAACCUUCACCAUUUACCAGAACACCAUGGCCACGAAACAUCCACCAUUUGCGAAAUAUGCCUGGAAGAGGAAGAGGGUGCCACCAAUGAGCCAACAUUUCUGAAGAAAAGGCCAACCCAAUCGCCUAGUCAUGAUUCCAAAUCUUCCCAAAGUCCUGGAGAGUCCGAACAGGGAUUCGGAUUGAGUGAGAACGUCCCUGAGGAAGAAACUAAAUUGACUUCUCCCGAAGGUUUAGAAAUUGGCACUGAAAUCCCCCAAUUAUCUACGGAAACGUCUAUUGAGAAACAUCCAUCGGUUACGUCAGGAGAGGAAACCGAAGGAGAAAUAGAAAAAACUAAUAUUGUAAUUGAAGUUACCUCUGAACUAUCGUACAAUUUUGGAGGGAAAGAAGUUCAACAACCAUUACAAACGACGAGUGGUAAUGUCUUUCAGAUCGGACAGUACACUGAACCUGAAGGUGAAAUCUAUACAAGUUCUUUCGAGGAAAAAAUUGCUUCUAAGCCUCAUCAUGCACCAGAGGAAAUAUCAAAAACUCAUGAUGAAGUGGAAACUACCCCAACUCUUACCCAUCAUCAGAAAUUAGAGCAGGAAGAAUUUGAUAGCAACCUUCUACAUUUACCAGAACAUCACGAGCAUGACGCAUCUACGAUUUGCGAAAUAUGCACUGAAGAAGAAGGAGGUGGAAUUGUAACAAGUUCUUCCGAAGAAAGAAUUACUUCAAAGCCACAUCAUGUGUCAGAAGAAAUCACUUCUCACGAAAAAUUAAACCAGGAAGAAGAAGAAAAUAAGGUUGUCACUAGUUAUGAGGAAGAAAUUGUUUCUAAGCCUCAUCAUGCACCAGAAACAAUAUCAAAAACCUAUGGUGAGCUUGAAACCACACCAGUUCUUACCCGUUAUCAAAAAUUAGAUCAGGAAGAGUUCGAAAACAACCUUCUGCAUUUACCAGAAAAUCAUGAGACAUCUACCAUUUGCGAAAUCUGUACCGAAGAAGAAGGUGCACAAAGGAUAUCUACACCAUCUUACAAGGAUAUUAUUGCUUCUAAUCUUCAUCAUACACCGGUGCCAGAAUCAAAGACUCAUUUAGAGAUGGAAGUUACAUCGGAACUAACUCUUCUUCAAAAAUUAAUCCAGGAAGAAGAAGAAAAUGAGGUUAUAACAAGUUCUUACGAGGAAAAAAUAGUUUCUAAGAUCCCUCAUGAACCAGAAGUUACAUCAAAGACUCAUGGUAAAUUGAAAACCACAACAGUUUUUACCCGUUAUCAAAAAUUAGAGCAGGAAGAAUUCGAUAGCAACCUUCACCAUUUACCUGAACAUAGGCACGAGAUAUCAACCAUUUGCGAGAUAUGUGACGAAGAAGGAGGUUCUUCUGUUGAGCCACCUUUCUCUAAAAUAAAACCAACUCAAUAUCCUGGUCAGCAGUCCAAAUCAUCUCAGAGUCCAGGAGAAUCUGAUAAAGGAUUUGGAUUCAGUAAAAACGCUGAAGAGGAAGAGGGAUCUACUGAAGUUAAUACUGAGUUAUCCUACAAUUUCGAAGGAAAGGUUGUUGAACAACCUAUGCAUACAACGAGUGGAAAUGUCUUCCAAAUUGGACAGAGUAUUCCUGAGGGAAAUUUAGCAAUUACUGGAAGAACUGAAUCGGCUAUUACCAUUAAAGAAGAUGUUUCAACUGAAGCUGUCGUGGAAGAGCAUAUUUCCACUGAAAUAUCAGAAUCUAUAAUAGACGAGGGAUUAGAAGCUGCUGAGAAAGUAGAGAAAAAACUAGAAGAAAUCAUAGCAUCGCAAGAAGAAUCAAAAUCUACAGAGCACUUUGAAUUAGGAACAGCUACUGGUGGAGAAAGAACAGAGGCAGAAAAGACAACAAUAGAAGAAGUGAUAUCAACUAUCUCUGAAGAUGCAGGUGCAAUUCCAGAAGAGGCAAAAAUAACAAGUGAAAUACCUGAAAGUACCAAUUUUUAUACUGAAUUCAAAUCGACAGAAUACCUUGAAUUAUCGUCCACUGGACAUGAGACAACCGUUCAUGAAGUUCCGAUUUCAGAAUCCAAGAAUGUACCAACAGAAGGAAUAGGGGGAGUUCUCGAAAAGCUUGAAGAAAUGGAGGUCGAAGCGAAAGCUGGUUCUGAAACAGUUCACGAAAUUACUAGUCCUAAGUCAGAAGCCGAAGCAACAUCUCCCUCGGAAGAAAUUAAAGCAUCAAUGUUGGUAUUAGAAGAUCUAGAAGAAAGGGCAACUACUCAAAUCGACAAUGAAGUUUCUGCUAUAUUGACGAACCUUGAAGAUAUACAAGAGGAGAUAUUUCUCCCUUCUUUAGGCAUUCCAGAAGGUACAGAAGCAACUAUAAAUGAAAUAACUGGAAAACACACUAUUGAAUCGACACCAUUUGGUUCUGCUUCUACUUCAAUAAUUCAUAAGCCAGAAAAACCAGUCACAUCCUCAAUUCUAACAGGAAUCGAAAGCACAGUAUCUGUGGAAGGGCAGGAGAAAGUUGAGGCCUCACCGGUCGAUUUAGAAGAUCUAGAAGGAAGAGGAACCACUCAAAUGAACAAUGAGGUUUCUGAUAUACUGAACAAAUUAGAAAAUAUUCAGGAGAAGAUUUUUCUUUCUUCUUUGGGGAUUGAAGAGAGUACAGUACCAGGUCUUAUAGGUGUAGAGGAUCAUAGAGCAGAAACAUCGGAAAAAGAAAUAAUCGAAGAAAUCACCGAAAAAUCGAUUCAUGUUUCUAUAUCUCACGAAAAAAUCGAAUCCAUUACAGAACUCACAGCUCCAUUGAAAGAACACGAGCAAACAGUAGGAGUUGAAUUUAAAGAGUUAGAAGAACAUACGACACCUAGACUUGAUACUGAAGUUUCUGCUCUUUUAGAAAACUUGGAGGAUAUACAAGAAGAAUUAUUUAUAUCAACCUUGGAAUCAGGAUUGAUCACAGAAGCAGCAGAAGCAGGUACCCUUUCAGAGGAACCCAAAAUAGUUGAAGUUGAAACCACUGCCGGAGGAAUAACUGUUGGAGAAGAAGCUGGAUCAUCUAUUGAAGCAGAAAAAGAAGAAGAGGCUCAUAUUGAACACACCACACCACAAGAAAAUGAGACAACAGGAGAAACUACUGUUAAGUCCCAUAUUGAGUUGAUGUCAACACAUGCAGAACCAGGAGUGGGAGUGUCCACGGAUUUCUACACAGAAGUCAAUUCUAAACAUACCCCCUCAGGGGAAAUUAUAGUCACAAACGCCUACACAUCUGAGCCUCAUGUUCAUGAAGAACCAACAACAAAAAGUGAAUUGCCUCAUAGUGAAGAAUUCUUGUCGCAAGAUAUCAAAAACAAAUUAGAAGAUCUGAAUGAGAUAGUGAACGAGAUACUUUCGACAACCCCAGAAAAAAAGUUGAUUGGAGAAGAAGGAGAACACGUGGAGGGGCAAACCACAGCAAACUCAAUACUAGAAGAUCAGCUAGAAGAUUUGAACAAAGGUUUUAUUGAUAUGCUUAAAACUACUGCAUCCGCUGAAGAUCUUCUAGGAGAGUACAAACACACUACUAACGCUCUCCUGGAAGGUACAUUCGAGGAGUUAGAAUUGCCAAAAGAAACUACUGAAGUGAUUGAAGGUGAACACACUGAGUCGCAUCUUAUGAAAGAGUUAUAUUCGACUGGAGAGACUAUCGAACAUCAUGUGGAACUUUCUUCAGUUCCAACAGAAAUACAUACUUCUGAAAAAGAAACACUUGUAGAAGGCACUGAAGGUACCAAUCCAAGUCAUCCAUCUACUUUCGUAGUGACUUCCAAAACUGCACUUGUUCUUGGAGAAGAAGAAGGUGCAAAACCGAGACCGACAGAACUGGGUGGUGAAACAUCUGAAAGUCUUCAUCACAAAGUUGAAGAGGAAGCAACCAAAGGAAGCGAAGGAAGAAUUGAAACGGAUUUUUACACUGAGGUCAUUUCAAAAUCCACUCCGGUGUUAGAUCUUCAUGCGGAAGAGGUUGAGCAACACAUUACUUCGAUCCCUGAUGAAAUAGACAAAAAACUAGACGAACUAAAUGAUGUUGUUGGUGAUAUCUUGAAUUCAACACCAAUAUCGCAUGAACAUCCAGGAGGUGCUAAAGAACUCGAGGGAGAAAUAACGGAGAGUGAAAUUUUAGAAGAAGAACUCAAAGAAUUGAAAAAGGAAUUUGAGGAAAUUCACCAAACGACUUUGUCUGGAGAAGAAAUAUUGAAGGAGCUCAAAGUAACUCCUCAUAUUACUGAAGAACUGCCUGAAGCAGAAGUUGCGAUUUCUACAGAAAUAAUUGGAGAGGAAGUUUCUUCUAUUCUGAGUAUGCUAGAACAUACGGCUGCUGGUGUGACAGAAUCUCACCCAGAAACAACGAUCCAUACUAAUCUUAGUAUUGUAGAGGAAGAAAUAAAAAGUGAAUCUGCUACAGCUCCAGAAGUUCAGAAAAUUACCAACUUUUACACCGAUACUCUUACCGCUCACACCAAACUGCAAGAAGAGUCAACUUCGCAUAAAAUAUCAAUUCCAGGUGAAACUGAUACUCAUAUAUCGAUUGAAGGUACGGCUGUUACGUCAGUAGAAGAAGAAAUGAAAAUUGAGUCUACUUCAGCUCCAGAAGUGCAGAAAGUGACCAACUUUUACACCGAUACUCUUACUGCUCAGACUGAACUGCAAGAAGAGUCAUCAUCACAUAAAAUAUCUAUUACAGGUGAAACUGGUACUCAUAUAUCAAUGGGAGGUACGGAUGUUACGUCAGUAGAGGAAGAAAUGAUAAGUGAGUCUGCUACAUCUCCAGAAGUGCAAAAAAUCACCAACUUUUACACCGAUACUCUCACUGCUCAGACUGGACUACAAGAAGAGUCAUCAUCGCAUGAAAUAUCGAUUUCAGGUGAAACUGAAAGUUAUACUCAUAUCGAAGGUAAGACAGAAGGUGAAGAAGAACUACUAACAAUAGAAACUUUGAGGCCCACAGUGAAGUCAGUGACAGACAAACUAGAAGAGAAAUUGGAAGAACUGGACGAAAUUAUAAACGAAUUCUUGACCUCCCCGUCCAGCCUAGAGGACGUCGUUGAAAAGACUGCUAUCGAAUUAGAGGCAGGCCCGGAAGAUGAAGUGUUGGAAAAAGAACUGGAAGAUCUGAAACAUGAGUUUCAGUUGAUGUUGAGUACGACCGUCGCUCCAGACAACUUAUUAGAGGCUAUGGACGAAGUUCUGUAUCCAACAACAACAUCGGAGGGCGUCCACCUUGAGAAACUCAACGAGACUGAGCAAUCAGUUAACCCUGAGGAAAUUCACAUCCAUCCUACGAUAAGUGAGGGUGAAACUUUGGCAUCUCAAGAGGGAGAGUUGGUGACUGAGCACUCAACAGUAGGUGGGGAAGAAGUAGCGAUUUCAGAAGUUGGUUUAGCCCAUACAACGCGAAUAGUUACCUCUGGUACCGCGAUGAGUGAAGCUGAAGGACUCGAGGAAAUAACUGCUACAGAAGGAGGUUCAUCAGAAGCUCAUCCUGCUGCCAUAGAAUCUGAGGCUGUAACUGAAGCCAUCGGAGAAGGUGGCACAACUUCAGAAGGAGGGGAAACCGAAGCUCAUCCAGAAGCUACAGAAGGUGGUACCUCUUCCAUAAGGUCUGAAAUCGAAGGCACACACCCUGGUAGUAAGUCGACAGAAAGAACUGGAAGAACAACAGAAUCCUCCACUUCCAAAGGCCACACCAUCGAAGGCCUAUCGAGUAUAUCCCUUCUCACCACCCUACUACUGUCUCUGGUGACCUCUACCACCCAAGUCCCAGAGAAAACUAUAUCAUCCAACGUGUCAGGUCCCCAAAACAUACCCAAGUGCCUCGUGGUGUUUAUCACCGGUGAAAGUCCUCUGUUACCGUUGAACGGUACCAAGUGGGUACCGUCGGAAUGUCCUCCGCUAGGUAUGCAGAUAUCGUCUCCGUAUCCCCCAGAGAGCACGACACCAUCCUCGCAGAUGUCGACGAACGCUGAGACUGUGGUUACGACUGCCGUCGUAACCACAGUCGGUACCACCGAAACGACAACCUUGGUACCGGCCGAAGAACUGCCCGAAAUCAAGACCAGCAACUUCAUAGAAGACGGAUGCACCGAAACCGACUUCGAGAACAACAACAAGUGCUUCUGCAUGCUGGACGUGACGGCGGACAAGGUGGCUGAGGACCUGGAGGCCACCAACUCGUCGAAGACGAACGGGGUGAAGUGCUCCAAGUUCCUGAAGGUGAGCAGGGGCCUGGUGCUGAGGAACGACACGUCUGCCAGGCUGAAGAGGUCCAGACGGAGCUACCUGUACCUGAGGUACCUGAACAGGCAGAGGAGGGAGACGGUGGAGUACAACAAGAUAGACGAGGUACUGGCCAACGAGUUGACCGCAACUAGUACCGACACUACAAUCUACUCCGAAGUUGGAAGUACGGCCACCAUACCUUGCGUGUACAAGGACGAGGUGAUCGAGAGAGAGCAUUUCAUGAAGUACCUUUGGAGUAUGGAAUCGGACAAGACGAUUAUUUUCUCCGACAGAAUGAGGGAGACCACGGACGGCGCCCUGAAGAUCUCCGAGGUGACGGUCGAGGACGACGGCAACUACACCUGCUCGAUCAACCGGCCUUUCGGCGGCAACGCCGACUCCUCGGAACGGAGGCGAUUCGCCCACCAGCUCCUGGUGAUCGACCGGCCCAUCUUCAAGGUCAGGUCGACCGUGAUGUACGUGACCGACCUGCCGUGCACCCUGAAGGACGGGGACGUGGUGCACGCCCACCUGCCGAAGAUGCUGGAGGACCUGCUGUGCGGCAUCCACAGGAGGGUGUGCAAGGUGGAGAUGGAGAGGCCGAGCUGCGUCGAGGUGGAAGAGAAGACCUAUCUGACUGUAAAAUACAUAGUGACCUUGGACAGCUUAUCCAACUUGGUACCAUCAUUAUCCAGCUCCGACUGCGAUUUCAACUGUCAAAUGAAGCUAAUGGGCUCUAUGGUGUCCCUUCUGAUCAAAAACGUGGAGACCACAAGCGUUCUAGACGUACUGUCCGAGAUCGAGACCUUCAACCACACCUUCAAGCCCAGGGAGGUCAAGUUUCCAACGGACAGAUCGGUGGUGGAGGACUCUUCGCUGCUCCCAAAGCUGGUAAUCGGGUGUCCACCAGGGUUCGGUAUCCAGAAGAGGUCGAGCAAAAUAUGCGUGGCAUGUCCCAGAAACACUUACAACUCAGAAAAUAGCUCCGCUUGUACACCUUGUCCAAGUGUCCACUAUCAACCAAAAGUAGGGUCAAGCAGCUGCAUAGAAUGCAAGACUCCUUUUGAUGAUAAGGCCUGUAUGGGGAUGAUGUUUGCCAAUAAAUCUUUCCUGAUCCUCUACGUCGGAUCUAGUGUGGCAAUCGUCUUCUUCCUACUUCUAUGCAUCUUCUGCGCACAGAGUUCCACGCAGGAGGCCUUCGGUGGUCCACAAAGGAAGAAGAAAGCCCAAACGCCCAAGAGACGACGAAUAGGAAGAAAAGACGUGGAAGAUCCUGCAGAAAAACCUCUGCUUCCGAAAGAUCCUAGCGUGCCUAGAAUUGUGAAAGGACCAAAAGUACCUCCGCCGGAUUUUUGAGAAAGAUUGAUAAGAUUAAAAGUUGGGAUGUUAUCCUUCAGACAAUUGUGAAGAUUGAUGCUAAACGCUGUAGAUCAUUCGCCGAGUUUACUGUUAUACUUUUAGGUUAGCUCUAAGGGUGAAAAUGAUUUUAUUUAUACUUCGAUAUAUAUCUACAUUUAUUCUUAUGUAUUUUACGUUAUUUUUGAAUAUAAGGUUUAUUUAUCA